CUUGUUAUUAUUAUUGUCCGUGUUCGUCUUCUCUUAUCAGUUCGUUUUAUUUCAUGGUUUUAGUUGGUAAAAUUGAUUAAAUGUAGCACUUUAUGUUGUCCUUACUAUCACCUACAUAAAUGCAAAGAUGCCGCCGACGGAGACACUUCGUUCUGGCAGUGGCAGCGGGGAGCGGAGUGACAGGGGAGUAGGAGGCUCCGAACAAACGUACAUCAUCAGACAAAGCAACAAAUGCUAUGAGCAUCGCGAUUCCCAGGCCACUGCAAUGUCGGUAGACUACUCUGGCCAAUGGGUAUUACUAGCGGGUCGGGGUCAUUUGGCCUUGCAGCGAUUGGGUCAAGAUGAUGGAACACUACGUCGUCACGAGCGACAGUCCAAGUACGACGUAUCCGUGGCAGAGUUUGCCAUAUGUCCCAGUCGCCGGGAGUACUGUGCUAUAGCGACCAGCCAAAAUAUUGAUAUUGUGCGCUGGGGACCCGCCGAACCGUACUAUGAGAAUUCGUUGCGUGGGCAUACGCGAACCGUGACCGACAUCGACUGGCACAGCAAGAAUCCAAAUUUGCUGGUCAGCUGCUCCAUUGACACCUUCUCUCACAUUUGGGAUCUGCGCGAUCCCCGCAAGCCGGCGUUAUCCUUGAACGCUGUUUGCAUGUCUGGCGCUACGCAAGUUGGCUUUAAUCGUGUAUCCGGCAAUUUACUGGCCGCUGCUCAUGAUGGUGAUUUGCGCAUCUGGGAUAUACGUAAAGGCAGCUGCCCGACGCAUUACAUUACUGCCCAUCUGAAUCGCGUGCAUGGCAUUAAUUGGAGUCACAAGCGGGAGACAUGCUUGGCCACUGCCAGCCAGGAUGGCACCGUUAAAUACUUUGAUGUCUGCAAUCCCAGAAGAGCUGAGAAAAUCAUUACCACUUUGUCGCCUGUCUGGCGCGCUCGCUACACACCCAUUGGCAACGGCUUGGUCAGCAUUGUGGUGCCACAUUUAGGUCGUGGCGAGAACAGUUUAUUGCUUUGGAGCAACAGCAAGCAAACGGAUCCAAUUUGCUCCUUUGUAGGUCAUACCGAUGUCAUAUUGGACUUUGCCUGGCGUCCCAAUCGCGAGAACUUUACUGAAAUCGAACUGGUAACCUGGUCACGGGAUCGCACACUGCGCGUUUGGAAAAUCGAUGAUACAAUGUUAAAACUGUGCGAACCAUCGGCGGAUGAGGAUGAAGAGAGCGAAUCACCACGCUAUGAAUCUGAAUUAAGUGAAUUGCGAACCAUAACACCGCCAGAAUUUUUGCAUGCACUACACCCGCGUCCAAUGGCAGCUGCCUCGUUGCCAAUAGCUGCCACUCUUGAUGCUGGUGCUGGGAAUAAUACACUGCCAAUGGCACGCUCGCCAAGUUUUGGGGGAGUGUAUGCCCGACGCGAAGAGACCCAUAUUGCACGCUCGUUGACGGAUCAACCGACAUGCUCACUUCAUCAUGAGUUCUCGCUAUUGAACACGAAUAUGCCGCAUGUGGAUGUGGACAUGCUGGAUGCCAUUAAGCGUUAUGCUUGCUUUAAGAUCUGUUCGGCUGAUCAUACGGUGAUACUACAGGUGACCUUCCCCACCUCGUAUCCCAGUCCCAAUGUGCCACCCGAUUUUCAACUUUGCCAGGGCACGACUCUAUCCAGCGAUGUAAGCGGUGUUCUCCUCAAAGUGCUGCGCACCAAUGCCCUGCAACGUGUCAAGAAAUCUCGUAGCUGCCUGGAGCAGUGUCUGCGUGCUCUUGUCGUGGCCAUGAAGAAGCGUGUCACAGCCGUGGCUGGUGCCGGUGCGGAUCGCAGUCAGCUGCUCUUGCAAUCGCCCAGAUUGGAGGGCGCAUUGUCCAGUGCGCUGCAUGAUGCCUGCAUACCCUUUCCCCGCACCUCUGGUGUGCAUUUUAACGGUAUCGGCAUGCUGACCACCUUUGCCCAGGUGCUAAAUACCAAACGGCUGACCCUGCGUCAACAUCAAGCCAUCACGCCACGUACUUUGAGUGCCAUCAAUAGCAGUGGUCUGCUUGGCAAUGUGAUGGCCACAACACAACGGGAUGCAAAUGCCUCGUUUUAUCUACAGGAGCGGAUGAUUGCCUGUAAGCCGGGCAAACAGCGUGUAAUGCGACAAAUGAAUGGCACCACGCCUGUUGUCCAUAUCUAUGAUGCCAGCCAAUUGCUUCAUAUUAAUCGUGAGAUGGCACGAGAGUUUACCCUGGAUAAGCGCAACAUUGCCGAGACGUGUCGUCGCAAUGGCGAAAUCUGUCGAGGUCAUGGCCGGCUGGAUUUGUUGCCUAUUUGGCUGCUGGCUGAGCUCAUUGCGACGCCUCAUGUGCCGCAUGAAUCGAUGAGCUGCCAGCUGCUUUUUUACAAAGAUCCCUUCAAGAAAUCACUGCUGGAGUCACUGAUAAUGCACUAUGCCGGUUCUGGCGAUGUACAAACUGCCGUGUUGUUGGCCUGUCUUUUCGACAAGUGUCCAGCUGCUCUCAUGGAUGUCAUGGACGUGACCAGCUGUCGGCUGCCAACUCAACUGCAUGCACAAUUGUCACCGUAUCACACGGUGUUGCCACUGGAUUUCAAAUCAUCCGCACAGACACGUACGGUCACUGGGAACUGGCAACAGUUGAAACAGUUACGAAGCAAUUCCUGGUCCGAUUCGUUAGAUUGGCUGGACUUUAAGCUAGGCCAGGCAGAUGCAUAUGCCUGUUCAUUAAUUCGACGCACUAAGAUGCCGCUCUUUGAUCAAUUCAAGCGCGUCUAUGCGGACAUACUCUUUGGCUGGCAGCUGCUCUCAAAACGUGCAUUAAUCCUAAAGCAUACGUUGCAUACUCCGCCGCCACCGCAAGGCGUGGAAUUUGUCACCGAAUGCUCUGGGUGUGCCAAGCCCAAGCGUACUCCCAAAUGUGAGCCCUGCAAAAGACCAGUUUUAUUUUGCACCCUUUGCUGUCUACCCGUCCGUGGUGCGGCCAGUGCGUGUCUCCAUUGCGGACAUGGCGGCCACAUGCAGCACAUGAUGCAGUGGUUCGAGAAACACAGCGUUUGUGCCACGGGAUGUGGUUGCAGAUGUUUGCAGAGCACCUCGGAGCUGUUGGAUCUCAUCAGCUGAUCUGGACUCUGGACACUCUUCAUUGUUUGGUGCUAUUAUCAUAGCCUUAGAUUCGCUGUGGAAAUCAACACAUAUUUCUUUAUGUUUUAGAACAUCUUUCCUCUGCAAUGUUUAUGUACAUUUCUUUACGUUUUUACACAUUUUUUCAAUUUCUGAAAAAAAAUUUACAUAAACGUUGCAGUGGAAUGAAGCUAUUAGUCUUUAAGAUAACAUUUUGUAACAUUUUCAUAGAUGACGCUGGAAAAUAUAUAAAUAAUACGGUAUCAGAUUAAA